GUGAAAUCAACAAAGAAACUGAGAUUUACCUAGAGUUUGUUCAUAGCAUUGAUGCCAACGACAGCCCUACUUGUAUGGAUAUCAAAGUGCCUAGAACGAUGGAGGAAAGGCGGCAGCUUGGCAAGGCUCAUCUCCGCGAAUCUCUGCUGUUACACGAGGAGGCUCUCCGGCUCCACCGCAUGUGCAAGCAGUUGCGCCAAAUCGACAACCUUCACGAGAGGCUGCGCAUGGCUCACGAUUCCUCACUCGACAGGUACGCCAGGUGUGAGCAGGAAGACGAUUUCCAAGAAAUCCUGGAUCCGCCCCCCAUACAAGCUGCUACAAAAUACCAAUUAACUCUGAUGCCUCCAGACUUCAGUGAGCAUGCCAUCAAAGACUUAUUUCACGACUUGGGUCCUCUGAAGGUAUUCUGUGCGAGACGGCAGUGGACAGCUGCGAGACAGAUCCAGCUCAAGAAAGAAAACGAAGAGAAUUUUGGUUUCAGUGUUCGUGGCGAUUCCCCCGUUAUCAUAGCAGCUGUUGACGCACACAGUUUAGCUCAGGAGGCAGGCCUCAAGGAAGGGGACUUUGUCGUCCUCAUCGGCAUAACCGACUCAAAAUGGAUGGGCCACGAAGAAGUUGUCCGACUCAUCCGAGAAUCUGGCAACGAGCUGACACUCAAGGUGGUCACGCCCAUCGACCAUGACUACCUGCACCCUAAAUCGAGCAACAACUCAACGGCCAGCAGUCCAGCCAGCAACACCUCCACCCUGAGCUCGGGAGAACUGAGCAGGGUACACAUGAGGUUCACAACGAACCCUUUCGCUAAAGACAAGCGGCGUCGCGCCACGUGGAACUUCUUCAGAAGAAGUCAAUCCAAGGACAGAGAAUUCCCAAUCGUUGGGAAAGAUGACAAUGUUUUGUAUAGAUAAACAAAUAUUCGUUUUUAUUGUUUUUAAAUUGUACAUGCAUAUGUGCAUUAACGUCCUGGGAAAGUUCAUAUGCAUUCCAUGUUCAAAAAGGAGAAAUGCCAUUGAAAUAGUAUGCUCUCUCUAAAUGCAUUAUAGCUUAUUUUUUGCACAAGGCCACAGAAUAAUGUCCGAACCUUUUGAUGCCUGUCUUGACUCCUAACUCUCAGUCGUUGUCGAUGAGAUUGUAAGGCUCACAAAAUAGUAAAACGAAUAUAUAAAGGUUUGUUAAAGCAAUGGUUUGGAAAAAAGUGCAGACAUUACUCGCAGUUCAAAGGACCAACAAGAACUUUUUUGCCAAAAGUAAAAGCAGCCAGCACAUUUUAUCAAUUGAAAAAUCAUAAAAAAGUAGCUGGAAAAAGUGGAAAACGGAUGAAAUAAAAGGAAAUAAACAUGUUUAAUUCUAGUUAAUUAAGUUGUUGACUAAACUAAAAGAGAAAAAUUAUUUCAUAGUGGAUUUUUUUUUAAAGUUAUCCCAAUUUUUUGGAAGAAUAUUAUCUGCGUCCUUUCUUUUCCUCCUGACAUUAUUUUAUUUACUUUAAAAAGACAUUCCUUGCACAAUAAUAAUAUUGCGAGCCUGUUUUUUGUGCAAAUAGUGUAUUAACUAAAUUUAACUUACAAUUGCAAUCAACGAAGAUAACUGAAGAGUAAGGUUUAUAUCAACAGUGUUUACUCAAUGUGUGUACACUUGAGGAUGUUUAAUUGCUAGCAAAGAAUGUGCAUGAACUUCCCCAUAAGUAUUGUAAAAAUAUGCUCUAAAAAUGUAAGUAGAAAGAGUUGUAAAGUAAAAUAUGAUGAACUAUUCUAGGUUUUUUUUUUUUUUUUUUUUUUUUUUUUGACAAUGGCAGGUGAAAAUGCUUUUGUGAUUUUUGUAAUUUUUUAAAUUAUGAAGUCAGUUUUGUAUUAAGUGUUUGAAUCUGAAAACUACUUCAUUCAUAAACUUUUGAAACUUUCUUUUAUGAAAAACUUUUUUUAACCUUAUUAUUUGUCAAUUUUUGCCCCCCCCCCCUUUCAAACCAUAAAACUUGAGCACAUGGACAAAAAGUUUUAAAUCAGUAUUACAUACUUUUGUUUUUUUAAAUAACUAAAGGAUAAAGAUUUUGUACAGAUAAAGUAAAACAUUAUUAGUUAAUUUUGUUGUUUUUAGUAUUAUUUUCAAAAGUUAAUUUUUUUUAUUAUGUUUUAAUUUGUCUUGUUGCAUUUCAACAUCAGCUGCCUCGUACUUCUGUGAAAAAUAAUUCUUAACUGUAUGUAUUGAAACUAUUGUAUUUUCAAAUUUUUGAAUUCUGGUCAUUUAAAACUAGUGUAAAUAAGUGUAUUUUUGCUGUAAAUUAAAGCCAAAUGUAAACAAUCUUUGCAUGUUUGUAUAAAAUGAUUUAGUUUUUUUAGCUAUCUUUUAUAUAUAUAUAUAUCUUUAAAACUUGUCUUCCAUAGAAUAAAUUUUAAUUUAUGUAAACAUAAUCAUGUUGCAGAUAUUUAAAUAGUGUUUCCCGUUUGGUUGUUUCAAAUGGUUUAAUAAAUGUUUUUG